CCUGGUGGCGGCGGCGGCGGCGGCAGCGAGAACAGCGGCAGCAGUGGCCGCGCAGCCCGCGGCAUGGAGCGGCGCCUGGGCUAAGCCGGGCGCGCACGGGCCGCCGCAUGUGCCGCGCAGGGGGCGGCUGCAAGCGGGCGGAAAGCGAGCGCAAGGGCCCCGUCGGAGCGGCCGCCGGAGCAGCGCCGGAGAUGGGAGAACAGCCCAUCUUCACCACCCGAGCGCAUGUCUUCCAGAUUGACCCCAGCACCAAGAAGAACUGGGUGCCUGCAAGUAAGCAAGCUGUCACUGUUUCCUACUUCUACGAUGUCACGAGGAAUAGCUAUCGGAUCAUCAGUGUGGAUGGAGCCAAGGUGAUCAUAAACAGCACAAUCACGCCGAAUAUGACCUUCACCAAAACGUCACAGAAGUUUGGGCAGUGGGCAGACAGCAGAGCCAACACCGUGUUUGGUUUGGGGUUUUCUUCUGAGCAGCAGCUGACAAAGUUUGCAGAUAAGUUCCAGGAGGUAAAAGAAGCUGCCAAAUUAGCCAAAGACAAAUCCCAGGAGAAAAUCGAAACUUCGAGUAAUCAUUCCCAAGAAUCUGGGUGUGAAACCCCAUCUUCUACUCAGGCAUCCAGCGUCAAUGGAACGGAUGAUGAAAAGGCUUCUCACGUGGGUCCAGCUGACACACACCUCAAGUCUGAGAACGACAAACUGAAGAUCGCUUUGACACAGAGUGCUGCCAAUGUGAAGAAAUGGGAGAUCGAGCUGCAGACCCUGCGGGAAAGCAAUGCUCGGCUGACCACAGCACUGCAGGAGUCAGCAGCCAGCGUGGAACAGUGGAAGAAGCAGUUCUCCAUCUGCCGAGAUGAGAACGAUAGGCUCCGAAACAAGAUUGACGAGUUAGAAGAACAGUGCAGUGAGAUAAACAGGGAGAAGGAGAAGAAUACUCAGCUGAAGAGAAGAAUUGAGGAGCUGGAGUCAGAACUCCGAGAAAAGGAGACGGAGUUGAAAGAUCUCCGAAAACAAAGUGAAAUCAUACCUCAGCUCAUGUCAGAGUGUGAAUACGUCUCUGAGAAGUUAGAGGCGGCAGAGAGAGACAAUCAAAACCUGGAAGACAAAGUGCGAUCUCUAAAGACCGACAUUGAGGAAAGUAAAUACCGACAGCGUCAUCUGAAGGUAGAGUUGAAGAGCUUCCUGGAGGUGCUGGAUGGGAAGAUUGAUGACCUCCAUGACUUCCGCCGAGGCCUCUCCAAGUUGGGUACAGACAACUAGGGCCGGGCACAGACCUGGGCCCUGGAUCGUGAGUCCCACGUGUGUGUGUGUGUGUGUGUGUGUGUGUGAUGAAAUAGGACUAGGAUGUUCUCCUGUUAGCAUUGCUUCUGUAAAUGCAGGCGCAAUUUGUCUUGUUUCCAAACCAGUUGUGCCGUCCACUCACUCCUCUCCAGAAUAGAAAUCUCUUGCUCCUCUGGCCUCACGAGGUUGUGGACAACUGGAAGAUUCUGACUCAGGAAUCCAGAACUAGGUCUACCUAAAAUGUUUACGCAGUCAGGGCAGGGAUGUUUAUAUCUUUCUUAAGGGCUGUUGCAACCAUAUGAACCGAAAAACAAGGUAAUUUUCUAAUUCAAGUAUCAGUGUCCCCUUUACAACAGGCCUUUUUGCUCCUUUUAUUGAAUAGCAUUUGGAGUACACGAUUGUCCACCAGGCUCCAGUCCAUGGGGCAAGGAGGGAGUAACGUCUCUCACAGUAAACAUUGAGUCAUUUUCAAGCAACCAUUUAGUGUGGUGACUUAUCUGGAGAAAGAAAGCAAGUUUCUGGGUGAAUUUUCUGGUAUGGGAAUCACUUGUAUCCACUAUACCCCAUCCUCCCUCAGUUUGUAUGGUUGCGACAAUAUUCCUUUUGUUGGUUUUAAUUUCUGAGCAGAUGCUUGUGCUAUGGGAACAGCACAUGGUGAGGGCGCCAAGCACACAGUGCCUGGCACAAUGUAGGUGCUUAAUAAAUAUUGUUCAAUUAAACAUUUA